AUGGACAUGAUCCUAAUGAUUGCAUGGGGUAUUUGGAAGAACAGAAAUGAAGUGAGGCAUGGGGGAAGGAAGUUAGCAGCUGCUGAAAUAUAUGGGACAGCCAGCAGGCUUCGUGAGGAAUAUGUUGCAGCACAGGAGGUUUCAAACCAACCUAGGGACAAUCCGAUAGAUCAGCUCAGAUGGCUACCUCCACCACAUGGAUGGUACAAGGUAAAUGCAGAUGGUGCUGUAUUCUCUAAGCACAAAUGGGCUGGAAUAGGUGUGAUAGCCAGGGAUGAUCAAGGCCGGGUGGUUGCUGCCAUGAGCCAGAGAUUGCAGGCUCCUUUAGCUGCACUAGAGAUUGAAGCAAAAGCAAUAGAAGCUGCUGCAAUGUUUGCGAGAGAUAUUGGCAUUCAGAAUGUAGUUUUUGAAAGUGACAACUUGCAGGUUUGUUCUGCUCUUCAGGGAGAAACAGAAGCUUCCACAACUAUUGCAAAUAUUAUUGCUGGUACCUUAUUCCACAUGCAUCAGAUCCGCCAUGUUGAAGUUAGGCACACAAGAAGAGAAGGAAACAAGGCAGCGCACGGACUUGCAAAGCGUGCCCAGUCUAUAGAUGAUUUUGUAACAUGGGCAGAGGAAACUCCACCUUUUAUCAACUCUGUAAUUCUCUCUGAUGUGAAUCAGGCUUUUCAAGUGUGA